AUGGCACUCAGCUGUCUGUCUUGGGCUGAAGAUAAGACAGAGGUUACUGUCUCCUGUCCAGGAUACCAGACGGCCUUUAAAAGCUCCUGCUAUGAGUUUGUGGAUCUCGAGCACUCUUUUUUUAGUGCUCAGGCUUGGUGCGAGCAAAAAGGUGGACACCUUGCAUUUAUUCCAGAUGAAGACACUCAGUAUUUCUUUCAGAGACACUUGGACCCAGAGAAGGACAUAUGGCUUGGGGUAGCACCUUCUGCCUCGCCAAAACUGCCAUUUUCUCCAACUGACAAAGGUCCUCUCUCUUGGUUGGAUGGUUCACAUAUCAUCUACUCAAAUUGGAUUAGCAGCCCACAGCCAGGAGCAGCUUGUGGACACAUACUGAAAAAUUCAGGCCUCAGAUGGAAAGCCACAAGAAACUGCAACCAAAAUCUACACUUCAUCUGUCAGUUUGAGUCUGGGAGAUCCAUUGUGUGUGAAGGUCGUAACACUACUUUGCAGUGUGGUUCUGGUCAAGUGUUAAUGAUAGAUGGUGGCUUCUAUGGUCGCAAGAACAUUUACUACUGUCAAUCCAAACCCUCUGCAAUAACAACAUCCACACAUCAGUGUGGCUGGGUGGAUGUUGCGGAUUCAUUAAAAGCUCACUGCCACAGCCGUCAGGUAUGCCACAUUGAAAAAUUUGUGGAUUCUUUUGGUGAACCCUGUCCUCAGCUGGGGAGCUACCUGUCUGUGGACUACCACUGCAGAGAUGGGCUCACACUGUCAGUGAGCACAGUGGCUGCUGUUUUCAGUGAUGUCACCAUCGGUGUGAAGUGGCUUUUACAUUUGCCCAGAGGAAACAUUAGCUGUACACUGAGUGCUGGGGACAGCCAUGUUAUUUAUCUACAAGGUUCAGAUGGGUUGGAGAGCAGCGUGGUGCACAAAUAUACUCAUCCGAGUGCUUUCGUUGUGGCAGCUGAAUGCACCAGCAAUGACCUACACAUUACAGCUCAGAAAAAAAUAACAAUUCAAGAGCCUAUCACAGAGUUUGGUGUCAUCAGGUGCAAUGCUGGAGACAUGUCUUUCAUGGAAACAGACUGCAAAGCCCUUUAUGGAGAGCCAUUAAAAAUUCAAAUUGAAGUAAAAGCAGGGACAAAUGUGACAUACAGAAUCCAGAGGGAUGAUGUGUUGCUGUCCAGUGUAUCUGUAGCGAAAGGAAUUUCCCCCCGAAAUAUCACAGUGACUCAAGGCAUAGUAAAGCAGCUUGGGACUGGCUGCCACCAGCUGAUCCUUUAUGCAUCCAACAUGGUCACAUACCCUGAAGUAUCCACAGAACUGCAGGUGUGUGUGCUGGAGGAUGUAGCUGGACUGCAGGCCUCUCUUUUGGCAGAUAGGGGCGACUGUCUAGACUCUUCAGAUAUUACCGUUGGUGUUUCCCUUGAACGAGGUGCACCUGUGCUGCUCUUCUUCUUACUGACUAGUGACAGCAGCUCAUUCUCGGAGACCAGGGAAAUGAAUACAAGGAAUGACAUGUUUCAUAUUGAACGUCCAAUUCAAGAGGAUGAUGUACCUAUUUACGCAACAUUCACCAUAGAGACAUCAUCACCUUCAGAUCCUGUUACCCAAAAAACAGUUACCACUGUGACAACAGCAAAACCUGAAGACAGCCACGAAAAAACUGAUGCCACUGUUGAACCUGCUAAUACACCACCUGGCACUACUAGUGCCACAACUGUCACUGAAGGCAGCCACGAAAAAACUGAUGCCACUGUUGAACCUGCUAAUACACCACCUGGCACUACUAGUGCAACCACUGUCACUGAAGGCAGCCACGAAAAAACUGAUGCCACUGUUGAACCUGCUAAUACACCACCUGGCACUACUAGUGCAACCACUGUCACUGAAGGCAGCCACGAAAAAACUGAUGCCACUGUUGAACCUGCUAAUACACCACCUCGCACUACUAGUGCAACCACUGUCACUGAAGGCAGCCACGAAAAAACUGAUGCCACUGUUGAACCUGCCAAUACACCACCUGGCACUACUAGUGCCACCACUGUCACUGCUGACCCUGGUGGUACAACUUCACAAGCGAUCAACAACAAUUCUGAUGAGCUCUCAUGUAGCAUAUCACCAAAGAGUGGUAAGCUGGUGCGUUGCAGUAGGAACAAUGAGGCAAAGUCUGUAUUCCUUCCUCUUGGAGACAGCAGUUCCAACUUCAACCUGGGUAUUACAGCAACCGCAAAACAUAAAAGCUUUGUAGCAAGAACCACUAUUACUACACAGGUGCUGAAUUCCGCUGCGACCUCCAACACUGUAGACCAUCUCCAGGCUUCAGUCACGAAUGCUGUGGCUCAACUUAAGAAACAAGGCCUACUGUCAGGAGUAACUCUGGGACAGCUCUUCAGUUCUGUUUCUAAUAAACUGAAUGGCCAAACUGAUGUAUCCCAAAAAGAUGACAGGCAAAAGCUUCGUGAGCAGAUGCUGGACGUAAUGGUUGGUGCGGUUAAAGAAGUUCCCAGCGAAACUCCAGGAGAAGUUCUGGUCACAGCAAGAGGACUUGCUUCUGUCAUCCAGAAAGGCGCUGAACUCAGUGUCUCUGCUCAGGAAGAGGCUUCAUUAUUGAUUGAAAAUCUCAGCUCGUCUCUCCUCCACAUGGGUCUGGAAGAAAGUGAAGAAAACAAGAAAGAAAUGUACAAUGCAGGCAGCACUGUUGUAGAAGGAGUGAGCAAUAUCCUGGACUAUUCUUCCAAUAAAAAGAUCUCUGAUGCCCUUCUCGUUGCUCUGAAGAAUAUGAUGAGUUCGGAUAAAAAUCCAUUUUCCUGGAAUGAGAGAGGGAACAUCAGCGGCUUAGUAGGUCAUUUAUCCCUCACGACAAAAGAUGGCUCCAAUAUACCUGUGGAGAACUUAAAAAAUGAUAUAGAGAUUUUGUUGCCGAGGCCUGUUGGAGAGCAGGUCAACACUUCUGUAAUGGACUUGAGGAACUACAGCACAACAAACAUUGAUAUUCCUUCGGCUGACACUACAUUGGUGUUAAAGAUGGUGCCGUCAGAGGAUCCUUUACCUUUCAAACUCUUUCUUGGUCAUAUAAACUACCCCACUGAGACAAAUUAUGUAGCGAUGACAGAGAUGCCUCAUCGGGGAACUACACAAGAGGAGAGAUACACUUGGCUACUAGACCCUAAGAAGUUAAAGGGAAACAUUGGAGUGCAUUACCUUGUAGUGAGGCCCAUAGUGGGCCCGGGAGUAAAAUUCAUCAAUGCCAAUUUAUCAAUUACCUCCAUUGUUACUGCAUGUAAAUUUUGGAAUGAAUCACUGUUGGACUGGAGUGAUAACGGGUGCAGGGUAAGUAGAAGUAAUUCUGUCUUUAUGGAAGUGUUGUUGUUCUCCAAGGUUGGCGUUGGGACCACACAUUUAGUCACCCAGUGCCUCUGCAACCACUUAACCUUCUUUGGAAGCUCUUUCUUUGUCACUCCUAACCUUGUCGACCCAUCACGCACUGUUGAGCUGUUUGGGACCUUUACUGAAAAUCCUGUGGUUGUGUGCUUCAUGGGGGCGAUCUUUGUAGCCUAUCUUUUGGUGGUCGUGUGGGCACGACGAAAGGACAUUCAAGACGUUGCCAAGGUGAAGGUAAGCGUGCUGGAGGACAACAACCCCAUGGAUGAGUACCGCUACCUGUUGAGUGUUAGCACUGGUCAUCGGAGAGGAGCCUCCACUUCCUCUCAGGUGACAAUAACGCUGUUUGGUGCAGAAGGAAACAGUGAGCCACACCACCUGACAGAUCCAAAGAAAUGUGUGUUUGAGAGAGGUGCAGUAGAUAUAUUCCUACUAACUACACCCUUCUCCCUGGGAGACCUGCAGGGCAUCCGGCUGUGGCACAACAACUCAGGGAGGCAUCCUGCCUGGUAUGUAGGCAAUGUCAUGGUGCAGGAUUUACAGUCUGAGCAGAAAUGGCAUUUUCUGUGCAACUCCUGGCUGGCCAUAGAUAUUGGGGACUGCUCCCUUGAUAAAGUUUUUCCUGUUUCGACAGAGAUGGAUUUGAAAAGAUUCAGUAAUUUGUUCUUCUUGAAGACAACAAAGGAUUUCAGUGACGGACACCUCUGGUACUCUGUAAUAAAUCGACCAGCGAGCAGCUCCUUCACUCGUGUCCAGAGAGUGUCCUGCUGUUUCUCCCUUCUGCUCUGUACAAUGUUGACCAGCAUCAUGUUCUAUGGCAUCCCGACAGACCCUUCAGAGCAGACCAUGGACCUGGGUCACUUUGAGUUUACCUGGCAACAGUUCAUGAUCGGAGUUCAGAGUUCUCUCAUGAUGUUUCCAGUAAAUAUUCUCAUUGUUAGCAUCUUCAGAUACACUCGUCCUCGGGAGACAUCUUGUUGCAAGCGCAAACGAGAAGAACCAGAUGCACCUGAGCAAGAGAAUACCUCACAGUCUCAUCCCUCACAGACUGCCACCAGCAACAUGAACACCAGUGUCACCUUAGAUAGUGUCAUCAAGGAUAUCACAGGAAUAGCCAAUUCACUCUCCAAGACUGUGAAAAGCAACAUCCCAUGCACAGACUCUGAAUUUGGACCUGGACAACAAGCUGAUAUCAAUGCUGUCCUUUCUGUGGUGGAGGACUUCAUCAGGCAGAACAAGAUCAGUGAGAACACCCACUCCAAAACACAGAACCUGCACAGCUUUGUUCAGCCUCAGCUACCAGAAAACAGUGAUACUGAGCAUCCUAAGACAACAGUGGAUGGAAUACAGAAGAUGAGCAACAAAACCCAGUAUCUGUACCAGCAGCUGUGUCACAUUGACAAGGAGCUGAGUCUGCUGGGACCCUCCAGAUUCCCUACCUCACACAGCUACAAUCAGGCUCUGCACCAAGUCCAGGGCAUGAAGAGCAUCCUGGAAGACCAGCAACCCACCCAGAAACACGACGGUGAUGGUAAUCAGAAGAAAAAGAUUUGCUGUCAUGGAGGGUUACCCUGGUGGUUUAUUUUUGUCGGCUGGCUGCUAGUGAUCGCAACCAGUUUCGUAGCAGGAUAUUUCACAAUGCUUUAUGGGCUGAAGUUUGGAAAGCAACGCUCUAUAAGCUGGUUGAUAUCGAUGAUUAUUUCCUUUUUUCAGAGUAUCCUUGUUAUUCAGCCAUUGAAGGUUGUAUGUCUCGCAGUCUUCUUUGCUCUUGUAAUCAAGAAAGUUGAAGAGGAUGAUUUGGAAAAUGUGCCAAUAAAAGGAAAUGACAGAAAUCCAGAUGAUUGUAAGGGGACACAAACUGUCAGACGGGACAGCAGCCUUUAUGAGCCACCUCCUCCUGCAGACAUUGAGAAGAUGAGGAUGAACAAAAUAAAGGAGCAGAAAGCCUUUGCCCUCCUCAGAGAGAUUUUGACCUACAUGGGGUUCUUGUGGAUGUUAUUGCUGGUGGCGUACGGCCAGAGAGACCCAAAUGCUUUUUUCUUGAACAAACACAUUCGAAAAAGCUUCAGCGAAGACAUCACAGACAGCAUGAGUCUUGGGGACGUGUUCACUUGGGCCAACACAUCUCUACUCAAUAACCUCUUUGGAGUUUAUCCAGGAUUUAUUACAGAUGGAAACUCCAAACUAGUUGGCAAUGCCCGUCUUCGUCAAGUGAGAGUACGGAAGAACUCUUGUGAGACUGCAGGCUCCAUGCUACAGUUUGUACCAGAUUGUUUUGCUUCAUAUUCUUGGGAGGUGGAGGACACGGGCUCCUAUGACCCAGGCUGGAAUCACUCUCUGAGAGAUAAUAUCUCUAUGAGCACAUUUGGCCCCUGGGAGUACCAGACAGAGGCUCAUCUCAGAGCUUACCCUGUCUGGGGCCAUACAGUGCUCUACAGAGGAGGAGGCUUUGUUGCAGAGCUCGGCCCAAAUUCACAAAAUGCCAGCAGCACCCUUGAGCAUCUAUUCACUAACAAAUGGCUGGAUACACACACAAGAGCGAUCUUUGUCGAGUUCACCGUUUACAAUGCUAACGUGAACCUCUUCUGCAUUGUCACACUCUUGUUCGAGACCACAGAAGGAGCAUUUCAGUUUCACAGUGAGCUGCACACUGUUCGUCUUUACCAGUCAACUGGUGGUCUUCACAUCUUCGUUAUGGCUGCUGAGAUCAUAUAUUUACUGUUCAUCCUCUAUUACAUGUUCCUGCAGGGCAAAUUAAUGAAGCAGCAGCGAUGUGCAUACUUUAAAAGCAAGUGGAAUCUUCUUGAGCUAACCAUCAUCCUACUGAGCUGGAGCGCCGUGGCGAUCUUCAUCAAGAGGACUGUGCUUUCGAAUCGUGAUAUGGACUACUACCACAAUAACAAAGACCAAUUUGCCAGUUUUUAUGAGACAGCCACCACCGACUCAUUGCUUCAGCAUCUGAUUGCCUUCCUGGUUCUACUUGCCACAAUCAAACUAUGGCACCUGCUAAGAUUGAACCCCAAGAUGAAUAUGAUCACAGCCGCACUGCAGCGAGCCUGGAGUGACAUAUCGGGUUUUGUUGUGAUUAUUGUGAUCAUGCUUAUCGCAUAUGCCAUUGUGUGCAACGUGCUUUAUGGCUGGAAGAUGUCCUCUUAUAGAACUUUAUUAGAUGCUCUUUUGAGAAUCAUCAGCCUCCAGAUAGGAAUCUUUAACUAUGAUGAGGUUUUGGUCUACAACACUCUGCUUGGAGCAUUACUUAUUGGUUCCUGUAUUGUGUUCAUGUCCUUUGUGGUGCUCAAUUUCUUCAUCUCAGGGAUCCUUGAGGCAUUCAGUCAAGAGCAAAUACAUCACAAGCCAUCAGAGGAGGAGGAGAUUGUCGACCUAAUGUUGAAGAAAAUCUGCAGUCUUUUUGGGAUCAGAUAUCAAGUUACAAAAGACACCCUGGGGCCUGACAUGAACAGCAGUAGUGGUUUGACUUUUAAUAACAGCAGAAAUGUUCCUAGGAGUACCUAG